GGAUAUUUUGUAAUAAGUCGGCAGAAUAUUCUAGACAAAAUAAUGCUCUCUUCUUUCUCUCUAUAUCUUCAGAAACUCUAGGGUUUUCUUUGAAUUUCUUUUUGCUCGGCAAUGGAUUUUGAUGAUGUUAAUAUGGUAUCAAAGUAUGGUUUCGGUAUCAUCUCAUACUCACCUUCACUCUGAUGUUACUCUAGACCGGAGUUUUCGUCUUUUCCGUUUGGUUCGCUGAGAUUGGGGUUCUCGUCUGAGACGUGAAUUCCUCGAAGAAUAAUUAAGAGUUUCUACAAUUUUGGUUUGAUGUCACUCUCCUAGUGUUGUGUUGCUGGAAUCUAGUGUUUAUCAACAUUUUCUUCUUUAUUCGAGUGUCUUCCUAGGGUUUUUUGAAUUUUUCUCACAAUGUUGGUAACGUUCUUCCUAUCUACUACUUUACAGCUUAUUUCUCUUCAUGUGUGAGGAAUAUUCUGUAUUUGCAUGUCGCGUGUGUGUAGAAAUUGUUGUUCGUUUCAGAUCAACUUCGAUCUCUAGUGAUUGUAUCUUUUGUGGUUGUAUAAUUUGGCUAAGUCUGCUGUCAUGGGUAGCAUUCAUGAUAGUGUAGAUAAUACCACAACCUCCAACUCUGGAGAUUUUGUGCCUUUCUCCUUAGAUCCAUCUCACCCUCUGUAUGUCCACCCUUCGGACAGUCCUGGUAGCCAAUUGGUUUCAAUACCUUUUAAGGGUAUGGGUUUUGUUCUUUGGAGAAGUAGCAUGCUCACUUCCUUAUCUGCCAAGAAUAAACUAGGGAUCCUAGAUGGGAGAAUAUCCCAACCUAUCCCGGGCUCACCCUAUUAUCCUUAUUGGGAAAGAUAUAAUGAUAUGGUUAAGUCUUGAAUCAUAAACUCCAUGUCUAGAGAAAUUGCCACUAUUGUAAUGUGUCUUAAAACUGCUAAAGAGGUCUGGAAAGAUAUCAAUGAGAGGUUUGGGUAGUCCAAUGAGUCAAAGUAUCUACAAAUUCAGAGAGAGAUAAGUACAAUUGUGCAAGGUUCUUCACACAUAUCUAACUAUUUUACUAAACUUAAAAUACUUUGGGAUGAGUUGAAUUCAUCUUAUGUGGGACCUACCUGUUCAUGUGGGGCUCGUCCCAUGUUCAUAGAAGAUCAACAGUUAUUUCAAUUCCUCAGUGGAUUAAAUGAAUCUUAUUCUACUAUCAAAAGCACCAUCAUGAUGAUGAAUCCCUUACCACCUAUAAGUAAAGUCUAUUCUAUCCUACAACAAGCGGAUGAGAGCCAGAGAGCACCACAUGCUCCUAGUUUUUCUGGUGAUUCUGCAUCUUUUCUAGCCUCUCCUACUUGUUUCAACAACAACAAUAGGAACUUCACUCAGAGAGUCAACUUUGACUCUAAAAGGACUGCAAAUUCUAUUUUUUGCACAUAUUGCAAGAAAACUGGACAUACUGUGGACAAAUGCUAUAGGCUACAUGGAUUUCCUACUGAUUUUAAGUUCACCAAGAAUAAGAAAUCAGCAUCUUGUGUCCAGACUGAAGUUCCAUAUGUCUCUCCUUCCCGUUCAUCUGCUGCCUCCUCUGAUAAUUCAGUUUAUGGUUUUACCAAGCAGCAAUAUCAACAUCUCCUGAGUAUGUUUCAGCAAGUUCAACUCUCUACUGGGAUGUCUCCUGAUGUUUCCUCCACAGAAGACUCUGGCUUUGCUCAUUUUGCAGGGCCUUUCUCUAAAGAGGUCACUGAUAAUUGGUAAGGCUGCUGGGAGAUUAUACUAUCUACAUCCAGAUGCUGAUUUAUUUCCAUCUUCUCUUCCUGCCUCUAUAGUACAACCUAGUUCAGUAUUUUGUAAUAAGCCAAGUUAUUUACUUCUUAUUCAAUCAACCUUCAAUUAAUGUUGAUUCUGCUUGUAAUCAAACAUCCACCAUUAAUAAAAUGGACUUGUUUUGACAUCAAAGAUUAGGUCUUAUACCUUUUCAAAAAAUGAGACUAUUUCUUAUUUGUCUGAAAAAGUCUCUUCUAAACAAUCUUUCCUUUGUCCAACUUGCCCAAUGGCUAGACAACAGAGGUUACCUUUUCAUGAUAGUUCUAUAUAGUCUACUUCCCCCUUCCAACUUAUUCAUAUUGAUAUUUGGGAAUCCUAUAAUACUAAGACAUAUAAAGGGUUCAGGUACUUUUUCACUUUAGUGGAUGAUUAUACUAGAGUAACCUGGACACACCUUCUCUCUUGUAAUGGUAAUGCCCUAUCCUUAAGGCAUUUACAUCCAUGGUCAAAGUUCAUUUUCAUUCCAAUGUUCAUACUUUUAGGUCAGAUAAUGCUUUUGAAUUAGGUAGUAGUGUUGAAGCCAUUAAUUUCUUUAAAAAUGAGGGUAUUUUUCAUCAAACAACCAUUCUCACACUCCACAACAAAAUGGUGUUGUGGAAAGAAAACACAAACACCUUUUGGAAGUUGCCAGGGCACUUCCAUUUCAGUCUAAGCUUCCUCUCAAGUUUUGGGGUGAGUGCAUACUUACUGCCACUUACCUUAUCAAUAGAAUGCCUUUAUCUUUUUUGCUCAACCUCUCUCCUUAUGAAAAAUUACAUUGGGAAUUCACCCACUUAUAUAUGAACACUUAAAAUCCUUUGGCUGCCUUUGCUUUGCCAUAUCUCCUAAGGUGGGCAGGGAUAAAUUCCAAUCAAGAACCAUCUCCUGCUUAUUUUUGGAUUAUCCCUGUGGAAAGAAGGGUUACAACUUGUUGAAUCUUUCUAAUUUUUCUGUUUUCUACUCUAGAGAUGUAGUGUUCCAUGAACAUGUUUUCCCUUACAAAUCAGUUUUUCAUUCUCAUCCUUCAUUCUUUCCUUCCUUUGUACAACCAUUUGCUGAGUUCCCAUCUUCUGCUUGUAACAUUACAUCUCCUUCUGCUUCUGAAGAUCUUCCUCCUAUGUCUCCUUUAGUAGUUUCUCCUCCUCCUCUCAGUCCUGUCAUCUCUAAUCUUCCUUCUCCCAGUUCUACUGAUUCUAAUUCCUCCUCUGACAUUCCUUCUCAUUCUCAUAUUUCUCCUCCUCUUAGGAAAUCUCUUAGAACAGUUACCAAACCUACCUACCUGAAUGACUAUGUUUGCAAUUGUACAUUACUUCCUGCUCCUCCUCCUAAUUCCUCCAUGGUUGAUCUUAGUGACCCUCAUAUGAAGCAAACUAUACCUGGGACAUUGACCCUCAUAUUAGCCUCAGUUUUACUAGCAGACAACAUCAAACCCUGCAUGGCAGGAGGCUGUGCUACAAGAAUUUAGGGCUCUUGAAGCAAACUAUACCUGGGACAUUGUUCCUCUACCACCUAACAAGAAAGACAUUCCUUCCAAGUGGUUCUAUAAGAUAAAACAAAGGUCUAAUGGUUCUAUUGAAAGGUAUAAGACACGACUAGUUAUUAGGGGUGAUGCUCAAAAGGAAGACAUUGAUUUUACUGAAACUUUCUCCCCUGUGGUCAAACUGACCACUAUUAAAUGCCUAUUGACCUUGGCUAUCAAGAGAGGUUAGAUUAUUUUUCAACUUGAUAUCAAUAAUGCUUUUCUUCAUGGUGACCUAAGUGAGGAGGUCUACAUGAAGUUUCCUCCUGGCCUUGAAAUCUCUUCUUCUUCCACUUCUUCACUAUUGGUUUACAGACUUAAGAAGUCCCUCUAUGGCCUCACGCAAGCUUCCAGAUAGUGGUUUUCAAAACUGUCUGAAGCCUUGCUAUCUAGAGGCUACAUUUCCAGUCUUAAUGAUUAUUUUCUUUUCACUAAAUCAACCUCCAGUUCUCUGGUGGUUCUUGCUGUAUAUGUGGAUGACAUCCUCUUAGCUGGGGAUGAUGUCUCUGAAUUGAACUCCUUAAAGUCUUUCUUAGACUCUCAACUCAAGAUCAAGGAUUUGGGUAUACUACACUAUUUUUUAGGGUUAGAAGUUUCCCAAAAUCCUCAAGGCUACCUUAUGACUCAGCAAAAGUAUGCCACUGAUAUGAUUGCUGAGUUUUAUUGCCAGCAUUCACUCAUGUUCUCACUCCUUUGGACCCUUUGUCCAAAUUGGUGUUGGACAUGGGAGAGCCAUCAUCUGAUCCCAACACCUACAGAAGAUUGAUAGGAAAACUUAACUUCUUACGAUACACCAGGCCAGAUAUUUCCUUUUCUGUGCCGCACUUGAGCCAAUUUCUUCAGAAUCCUCAAGUGCCACACAUACAGGCUGCGUUACAUGUCUUGAGGUAUCUUCUGAAUGAUCUAGCCCAGGGUAUUCUUCUUUCCAACAGUUCUGAUUUUUCUCUUCUUGGUUAUUCUAACUCUGAUUGGGCUGCAUGUGCUGUGCUAUCUCUCGCAAAUAUGUAUUUGGUUUCUAUAUCAUUCUUGGUGGCAGUUCUAUUUCAUGGAAAAGAAAGAAGCAACCUACUAUAUCCUUAUCUUCAGUUGAAGCUGAGUACUGGGCCUUGAGGAAGACUGUUGCUGAAGUUUCUUGGUUAGUUUGACUUUUCGGUGAUCUUGGUCUGCCCAUUUGCAGUCAUGUUCCCAUUCACUGUGACAGUCAAACUGCCUUACACAUAGCUAAGAACCCUGUCUUCCAUGAACAUACCAAACACAUAGAAAUUGAUUGUCAUUAUGUACGUGAAUGUCUGAAUUCUGGCCUUAUUUCUUUGCAUUUUGUUCCCAGUUCUACCCAGCUCGCUGACAUCAUGACUAAAGUCUUACCUGGACAGUCUCACUAUAGUAUUAUUUGCAAGCUUGGGUGUAUUUUCACCCUCCAUCUUGAGGGGGGUGUUAACACUGGCACUACAGUCCAGGCCCGAUACAAGCAAAAGUUGCAGGGCCCAUCAGCCUAUCAAGCUCACAAGUUUAUGUAAAUAGCUUUUAUCAUUUUGUUAUUGUUUUUAGUUAUAUUGGGAUAUUUUGUAAUAUGUCGGCAGAACAUUCUAGACAGAAUAAUGUUCUCUUCUUUUUUUUUUUCUCUGUUUUCAGAAACUCUAGGGUUUUCGUUCAAUUUCUUUCUGCUCGACAAUGGAUUUUGAUGAUAUUAAUAGUUGAAUAUUAAUUAAGAAA